ACCGGGUAAAGCCGGUGAGAAGGGGAAUGGGGGUGGGGAUAGUACGGGAUCCUUAUUUGGUUGGGACUGAGAAACGGCAAAGUAUAUGAACCCUUCUGAAGAACUACAGCUUUUCCUUUCUUUUCUUUUUUUCUUUAUUUUUGCCCCUCUCCGCAGAGUGGAAAAUUAAUGUCCACAUUCUCUCACUUCUCUUAUCUUCUUCUCUGAAAUCCCCCCUUCCUUUUUUCUUUUUUUUUUUCUUUCUUUCUCAAUUUCCCUCUUAAUUUUCACCAUGGAUUUCGAAGAUCAAGACGAACACGAAGAAGAAGAGAUGGACAUCGCGGCAGCGAGUUACGACGACUCGUUGCCCAACUCAGGAACCCGACUCAAAAUCCCCACUACUACUGACCAAAUCAUGUCAUCAUCUCCUGGACAGAGGAAACCCAAAUACAGAGAGUGCUUAAAAAAUCACGCCGUUGGCAUUGGAGGUCACGCCCUUGACGGUUGCGGCGAAUUUCUAGCCGCUGGAGCUGAAGGUACACUCGACGCUCUUAAAUGCGCCGCUUGUAACUGCCACCGCAACUUCCACCGUAAAGAAACCGACAACAACCUCAACCCCGCCGUAGGCGUCGGUCUCGGAAUCGGAGAGCCAUUUCUAUUACCCCACCCAGGACAGUUCUCCCCUUACUACCGAACUCCAGCUGGGUACCUCCACGUGGCGCCACAUCACAGGCCAUUAGCUCUCCCGUCGACAUCAGGCGGCGGUGGCACCCACAGCAGAGAAGAACAGGAAGAUAUGUCGAAUCCGAGCGGCGGAGGCGGCGGAGGAAGUAGUAGCUUUGGGAAGAAGAGAUUUAGAACAAAAUUUACACAAGAACAGAAGGACAGAAUGCUGGGACUGGCGGAGACAUUGGGUUGGAGAAUUCAAAAACACGACGAGGCGGUGGUGCAGCAGUUCUGUAACGACACCGGAGUAAAGCGGCACGUGCUUAAGGUGUGGAUGCAUAAUAACAAGCACACUCUUGGUAAGAAACCCUAGAAAACCACCCCAUAUUAAUUAAAAUUAAAACUAAAUUAUAUAUUAAAAAAAAAUCAUAACUUCAUUGUUAAAUCAAAUGUUAACUUCAACUUCUCCUCAAGAACUCUCUCUAUUUUCCCGGAUUUUUAGAUUUAGGGUUUCAUUAUUCUCAUCAGUCAUCAUCAUCAUCAUCAUCUUCUUCUUCUUCUUCUUGUUUCUUUUUUUUUUUUUUUUUGGGGUUUGUGUUAAUUAAUUGGAAUAUUUGGAUAUAUCUAUUGUAUCCACUUAUUAAAUACCCUUAAUUUUUAUAUUAGUGUGUCUUCAUUUUGUGUUAAAUCAAAUUAAUGAGUAUUUUACUUAAUGGGUUUUUCUUCCCUUCAACUACAAGUUGACUUUUUCUUCUUCAUUCGUGGAAUCUAAGGAAGGAUGAAAAAAAACGACAGAACGGGAUUUCGGAAUAACACCAACGUGUAUGAACCUACAUUUUUUCCGUUUUAACAUUACAUUCAUUCAUAUACUCCCAAUUACACACCAAAAUUGGAUUUUUUUUUUUAUAUAUAAAAAAAAUUGGUUAUUAAUAAUGUUUAAAAGUGCAAACCCCAACUGUCAUUUAUACUUACACUGGUCAUCAAUGCAAGAAACUUAUGUCCUUGAAUUACCUUUUUUGUUUUAAUUUUCAUUUCCAUUAUCCAUAGGGUAAUGUAAUCAAGUAAUGAUUAAUGAUGUCAAUUAUUUUAUGGGGAAAGAGUAAAGAGUUGAUUAUACAUAUUAUUAUAUGCAGAAUUUUUCAGAAACAUGAAAUGAAACAUAUAUGGGGUUGGUUUUUCUGAUCUGCUGGGCAUUAUUGGUCGAUAGAUCCAAUGUCUUGGUCUCAACUUUUAAUUUUGUGUUCUUUCCUUUUCAUUUUCCUUCUAUUCUCUAAGGGAACAUGUGGGCACUUCUCAACCUCCAACAUUUUUUCCCAUCUAUUUUCCUUUUUUUUCCCUCUCCCCAUCCCUUUGUCUUUCUGUCUUAAAAAAAAAGAUUUUUUUUUUGGAUAGAAGAAGGGACAUUCAGCUUUUGUCUGUGACUUGUUAGUUCAUCCUUGCAUAGAAUCUCAUCAUCAAGAUUCUUCUGUGUUUCAUCAA